AUAGAGUAAAAAUGUUAAAAAGCAAUCAAAGUACGAUGACCGAUGACGAAGCGGAGCUAGUUACAAGCAUAAAAUUAGAGCCGCUUGACGCGGACACAGGGGGCUCUUACAACGACGAGCAUUGGUCGGUAUCCCAGCAUUCGAUAGAAAAUGUACGGGAAGUCGCUAGCAAGUCUAGGAAGUCCAAGCCAUCUAUCGAGCGGCUCUGGGACAUGGUUGUCGAUUGGGUGCACUUACGGCACGUUAUGCUUUACGAAUUUCGGAAGGGAUUAAACGAUGCAACAACCUUUAAAAUCAUCCGUGCGGUUUAUGGAGAUCAGGCACCAGCUGAGCAAACGGUGUCAGAAUAUUUUACAAAAUUUCGUCUCGGACAUUUCAACCUCAAACAUCUGAAUGAUACUCAGCAAGAUGUACCGGAUUCUUCCGAUUUUGAAUGCGCUGAUCAACCAGAACUUGAGGAUCAUUCGCGACAAUCUUCACCGGCUUCAAGUGUGCUGGAAGCUGCUUGGGGAAACGAGCUGAAUAACGCAACAACCAACGAUGAAAAUCAAAAAAAAACUUACGGUCAGAACCAAAAAAAGUAUGAAUGCAAAGUAUGUCACAAAAACUUCAAACAUAAUCAAACUUUGAAACGCCAUUAUGAAAGAGAACACGGAAAUGUUCAGACACUGUCUAAUGAAAGCUUGUUGCCAAUCGAAGAAUGUAACAUUGUGGAAGAAGAUCCUGCUUCCACAACAUCGGAUUCAAGCGAACUCCAAGAGAGCUACAUUGAGGAGGAUGUUCUAAAUAUAGGUGAUCCCGAAACUAGCAAUUACAGUUUUGAAGAGCAUUCAUACUCUCUUCCUGGCGACAAAGUUAUCGAAUCCGAUGAUCCAAGCAGAAUCGAAGAAGAAAGUAAUCGGAAUAAAGAGCGACAGACGAAAAAUGCAGUUCCAAACAAGGUUCAAUGCAAAAUAUGUCACCGAACGUUUAACCGUCAUUUCUUAUUGAAUCGACACUAUGGAAAAAAACAUGCCAAUAAGCCAGAAUUGAGUGACAGUGAAAUGAAAAAUGCUAAACAACUUGAAGCACGCGAUGCAGCACUAUUUGUGGAAAUGCCUUGCCUAGAACUACCUGAAAAUAUUUUCGAAGAAAAUGAUGCAACGCCGGAAGAAAGUGCUGAAAAUUUUGAAGAUAUAUAUAGUUGCGACCAAUGUCCAGCUACGUUUAGCCUUAAAACGUUCUUGGCGGAUCAUUUUGUUGCGCAUCAUUUAAAAAAACCACGAUACGAGUGUGAGUUUUGUGGGAAACGUUUUUUCUUUGGGCGACAAUAUGAGAUUCAUCGGAAAAAGGACCACCUUAAGCAAUAUAAUGCACUGCUUGAAGAAAGGAAACUCAAAACUCUGCCCAAAAAUUGCUUGUUUCAAAUGGAUGGGUGCAAAAUUGUCGAAGAAAAUUCUACCAAAACACCAUUAGAGUUCAGUGAUGUCCGCGACUCGUGCUCUGCAGAGAUUGAUCCCUUGAAAAGUGAACCUGAUUCAAGCACUUUUUCUGAAGAACGUUCAAGCACUCCCACCAUAGACGAACUGAAUACAAGUUACUCGUUCAAUCCGAUGCCACAAGCGAAGGAAGUGGAAUUAGUUGAUAUUAUCGGAAUCGAUAAAAUGGCGCUGUUGGAUUCAGAGAGAAACGAUAAAAAGCUGGGAAAAAUACGUCGAAAAUGUAAAAGAUGUUUUACAACAGUGAAUGGAUGUUUGAAUCGUCACAUGAAAACUAUGCACAGAGAUGAGCAACGUUUUGAAUGUAAGAACUGCCAGAAGCGUUUCUUUCGAUCGGCAGGUUUGUUACUGCAUCAAGCGCGUUGUGGAGCUAAUGCCAAUGAGCGGCAUAACUGUGACGGGUGCGAGUUAACUUUUAAAAAAGAGAUAUUUCUUAAGGACCAUUUUACAUCGAAGCAUUUGGGAAAACCACGGUACGAGUGUGAGUUCUGUGAAGAACGUUUUUUCUAUCACCAAAAAUACUAUACCCAUCGAAAAAAUGAACACCUUGAGGAGUACAACGCACUUGUAAAGCAAAAGAAUGUCCGCAAUUUGCCCUUUAAUUGUUUGUUUAAGAUGGAUGGUUGCAAAGUUGUAGAAGAAGGCAUUCUUCUCGAAAACGAACAAACCGGUUCCAAACUUGACACAAAUGAAUCACAAACGGUGGUGUCGAAUCUAUCGGAAAACGAGACAAACAAACCUGAAAGGCAAGCUCAUGAAUGCAGAUCAUGUCACAAAUCGUUUGACACUACCUACAAUUUGGAUCGUCAUUAUGCGUUGAUGCACGAAAAUGGGCCACAGUAUGAAUGCGACAAAUGUAGAAAGCUUUUCUCUAAGGCCGAAAGAUUUGAGGAGCAUCUAAGGCUUAGUAGUUGUAACAAAUUUGUAAGGAAAUUCAGCUGCAACAGAUGCCCGUUUACGUUUGAUUACAUGCAACAUCUGAAAGAUCACUUUGCUGCGAAGCAUUUAAAGAGACAUCGAUACGAGUGUGAAUUUUGUGGGGAACGCUUUUUCUAUGUUCAAAAGUAUGCUAACCAUCGAAGAUCGAAACAUCGCGAGGAAUACGAGGCGCUACUUAAGCAAUCUAAUUUAAACAGGUUGCCCCAUAAUUGCCUGUUUCGAAUAGAUCGUGGUCAAUUUUCGGAAACCUGUGAAGAAAUCCCCAGCGUUGAAAUACCUCCAUCUACAAGUACUUCUACCAUAGACGAACUGACUGCAAGUUUAUCGUUCAAACCGAUACUACAAUCAAAGGAAAGGGAAUUUGGUGAGACAAACGAUAAAAAGCUGGAAAACAAAGGUCGAAAAUGUAAAAGAUGUUUUCAAACAGUGACCGGAUGUUUGAAACGUCACAUGGCAACUAUGCACAGAGAUCAGCAACGUUAUGAAUGUAAGAACUGCCAGAAGCGUUUCUUUCGAUCGGCAGGAUUCUUAGCGCAUCGAACGCGUUGUGGAGCGAAUGCUAAAGAGCGGUAUAAAUGUGAUGAAUGCGAGUUAACUUUUAAAAGAGAGAUAUUUCUUUGGAACCAUUUUACAUCGAAGCAUUUAAACAAACCACGGUACGAGUGUGAGUUCUGUGAAGAACGUUUUUUCUAUCACCAAAAAUACUAUAACCAUCGAAAAAAUAAACACCCUGAGAAGUACAAAGCUCUUGUAAAGCAAAUGAAUGUCCGUUCAUUGCCCUUAAAUUGUUUGUUUAAGAUGGAUGGUUGCAAAGUUGUAGAAGAAGGCAUUCUUCUCGAAAACGAACAAACCGGUUCCAAACUCGAAACAAAUGAAUCACAAACGGUGGUAUCGAAUCUAUCGGAAAACGAGACAAACAAACCUGAAAAGCAAGCUCAUAAAUGCAGAUUAUGUCACAAAUCGUUUGACACUACCUACAAUUUGGAUCGUCAUUAUGCGUCGAUGCACGAAAAUGAGCCACAGUACGAAUGCGACGAAUGUAAUAAGCGUUUCUUGAAGGCCGAAAGAUUUGAGGAGCAUCUUAGGAAUAGCAAAUGUAACAAAUUAGGAAGAAAUUACAGCUGUAACAGAUGCCCUUUUACGUUUGAUCACAUGCAACAUCUGAAAGAUCAUUUCGCUGCGAAUCACUUGAAGAAACAUCGCUACGAGUGUGAAUUUUGUGGGGAACGCUUUUUCUAUGUUCAAAAAUAUGCCAACCAUCGAACAUCGAAGCAUCGCGAGGAAUACGAGGCGCUGCUUAAGCGAUCGAAUGUAAACAGGUUGCCCCUCAAUUACCUGUUUCGAAUGGAUCGUGGUCAAAUGUGGGUAACUGUCGAAGAAAUGCCCAGCGCUGAAAUACCGCUAUCUAUAAGCAUUCUUAACAUCGACGAACUAGCUGCUAGUUACUCAUUCACACCUGAACCACAAGCGGGGGAAAUGCCUGAUGAUCUGAUCGAAGUCAAUGACGAAGAAUUUUGGAAUGACGAGCCGUGCGAUCCAGAGGAAAACAAUAAAAAGCGAGCGAAAAAAAUUCUGAAAUGUAAAAGAUGUUUUAAAACAGUGUUCGGAUGUUUGAAACCUCAUAUGGAAGCUAUGCACAAAGAUGAGCAACGUUAUGAAUGUAAGAAAUGUCAUAAACGUUUCUUCCGGUCGGCAGGAUUCGUAGUGCAUCAAAGGCGUUGUGCAGCUAAUAAAGAGCGAUACAAGUGUGACAGAUGCGAAUUAACUUUUAAAAGAAAAGUAUCUCUUUGGGACCAUUUUUCAUCGAAGCAUUUGGGAAAACCUCGGUACGAGUGUGAGUUCUGUGGGGAACGGUUUAAGCGUAACCAAAAAUAUAUAGUACAUAGAAAAACGAACCAUUUUGAGGAGUACAACGCACUUCUGAAGGAAAAGAAUGUCAGUGUUUUGCCCUUUAACUGUUUGUUUAAAAUGGAUGGUUGCAAAAUUGUCGAGCAAAGCAUUCGUUCCGUAAACGAACAACCCGGUUCCAAACUUAAAACAAAUGAAUCACAAGCGGCGGUAUCGAACCAAUCGGAGAACGAGACAUAUGAAUGCCGAUUAUGUCACGAAACGUUCUACAGUAUCUCUAAUUUGGAUUUCCAUUAUGAAUCGAUGCACGAGAAUGACCCACAGUAUGAAUGUGAGCACUGUAAAAAGCGUUUCCUCAGGUCGGAAGGACACAAAACACACCAAAAGGUGUGUAGAUUUAACAAAUUAAGGACGAAGUACAAGUGCCAUAAGCUGCCCUUCUACAUUUAAUUACAUUUGUAAUCUGAGAGAUCAUUAUGUUGCGAAUCAUUUGAAAAAACCACGAUUCGAGUGUGAAUUUUGUGGGGAACGUUUUCUCUAUAUGAGAAAAUACGUUUACCAUCGAAAAUCGGUACAUCGUGAGGAAUACAGGGCGCUGCUUAAGAAAUCUAAUCUUUCCAAGUUACCCUUCAAUUUUCUGUUUCGAAUGGAUGAUGAGAUGAUCUGGGAAGUCGUCCAACCAACUCCCAGCAAUAGCACACCGACAGAUUCAAGCACUCAAAUGAACGAUACCAACCCAACCAAAAAGAGGUUUAAUUGCAAAUUAUGUCCCAGAACAUUUCAAAGUAAUGACAAUUUGGACCGCCAUUAUGUAUCAAUGCACAAGGAUGAUCCACAGUUUCAAUGCGAGUACUGUAAUGAGCUCUUCCUGAAGUCGGUAAAACUUAACCGACAUAAAAGAACAUGUAAAUUUAACGAAUCAAAAGACAAAUACGCCUGUGAGCUCUGCCCUGCUACGUUCAAACUCAGUCAUUCAGUAAGAAGACAUUAUGAAGCAAUGCAUUCAGAAAAGCAGUGAUACUAUUGUGAAUUUUGCGAGAAACGCUUUUUCUAUGUUCGAAAAUAAGCUCACCAUCGAAGAUAGAAGCAUCGUGAGAAAAACAAGGUACUUGUCAUAGAAAUUCCCAGGACAGAAACACCGACAUAAUCUACAAGAUAUCGCUGAUCAAGCGCUCUUCAAAAAUGGUCCUUCAUAUUUUAACCUUCGAUCAUCUUAUGAUUGUACAAGCUUCUCGGAAUACAAUAAAACGCCGCAAAACUAACUUCACCGAAAGUUGACCGUAAGGAUCAGCUUGGCAGAUCGAUCUUUCUCCCUCACGUCAUCCAUGGAAACCGACGGAAGCUGAAGUGAAAUAAUAAGGAAUGUGAAACAAAGCCUGCCUUCGGAUCGUCUUCCGUUAUCGUCGUUUUGCCUCCCAGCAAACUGCACAAUUCAGGUUUUCUUCGUACUACGUACCAAUAUCCAAUCCAGCUGUCUUCUAGAAGCUACGUGAAGUUAUCUUGAUGUACGACAUUUUCAGCUUUUAACAUAACGAAGUAGAACUGGUCCUAUCAGUUUGGGAGACAGUUUAUUAAUGAUGUUAUAAUUUUAUGCAGUGAAAAAGGUUUUAUUUAACUUAUCUUUUGGAUUACCGUAAAACAUACAGCAGUAAAAUCACGUGUGCGCGUUAAGACGUAAUUUCAAUAAAACUAACGUUUAUAUCA